UUUCCCCAUGUCGACCACACCGUGGGAUUACAUCGCCAAGCUCGUCUGCAUCGGCGACUCAGGAUGCGGCAAGUCCAGUCUCACCAUUCGCCUCUGUGAAGGCCGCUUUUCGCCCCAUCACGACGUCACCAUCGGUGUUGAAUUCGGCUCACGCAUCGUCCCCGUCGGUCCUCCUCACUCGAAACCUGGUGCCCUCGCUGCCGCAGAUGGCGAAGACAAGGACCCAGAAACAUCAGAUGGGCUCCCUGAACCCCCGCGGGACGCCUCUAGCACGCCCCAGAAGCAUAUGAAGCUUAGUCUCUGGGACACAGCGGGGCAGGAAACAUACAAGUCUGUCACCCGGUCGUACUUCCGCGGUGCAAGCGGCGCGUUGCUUGUCUUCGAUCUCUCCCGAAAGCAGACCUUUCAACACGUCACCGACUGGCUCAACGACCUGCGACAGAUCGCAGAGCCGGACAUUGUAGUUAUUCUGGUUGGCAACAAGGCCGAUCUGACACAACAGGAGGACAACAAGCGUGAAGUCACACGUGAGGAGGCAGAGGAGUGGGCCAAGCGCAAUGGUGUCAUGGAAUACGUCGAGACAAGCGCGAAGAGCGGCGAGAAUGUCGAAAAUGCUUUCAUGCGCGUUGCAGAGAGGAUAUACAACAACAUUCAGGCUGGCAAGUACGAUCUCAAUGAUAGGAGAUCCGGCGUCAAGGGUGCAGGGGCUGGUGGAAAUCGCCAGGUCAAGUUGUCAGGCGACGCCAGCAAAUCAACAGGAGGCAUGUGUUGUUAAAAGCACAAAUUGCAGCAAAUCGAAGAGGAGGGAGACAACAAUCUACAGAAGCACGACGGAUCAUGAUACCCAGUCAGCCAGCAACGUCGUCACGUCAUUAUCGAACAAGUGUACGAAAAGCUCAAUAUGGAUUGUACACAAUAAUGCAUAAUACAUCGUCGGCCUUAUCUUAAAUAGGCCACCUUGAUU